AACUGUAUCGGUAAUAAUUAAAUUGUGUCGAUAACAAGGGCCAAGUUUCAAGUUUCUUUGUUUUUAUUUUAUUUAAAGGAGGGAGUCAGGGAGGGAUGCCAAGAGGUAGGAGAUCUCGUAGGACUACUGCUCGUUCCAAUCCAAUAGCUGGACGGAAUAGGAGAAACAGAGAAACACUGCCAACUGUCUCCAUUAAAAGUGUUGAUUUGCUUUGGAAUCAAAAUCAAGAGAAACAUGAAACCGAUUCCUUUGAAUCACCGAAUCAUCUCGUGCUCAGGAGAGGAUUCACGUUUGAUUUCAUAAUUGAGAUCUCAAAUCACGAGGGACUCAACCCUGAUUUGGUUAAACUAGAGUUACGCCGAGGGUACAGGGCAAGGAUAUCAAGAGGUACCUUGUUCCAAGCAAUUUGUGGAGGGAAAUCAAGAAGACAUUAUCAAUGGAAAAUGGAAGUUGUGAGUUCAACUAAUGGCGAGGUCCGGUAUAGGGUCCACACUCCGCCCGAUGUACCAGUGGGCAGCUACCGAUGUCACGUCCGUGUUCCCCUCGGGAAGAACAAGUCAAAAGGCGAACGAGUUUGGGAGGACAAGAAAGAAAUAGUGUUCCUCUUUAACCCGUGGAAUAAAGAUGAUAGUGUCUACCUACCAAAUGAGAGGGAGAGGAAUGAGUACAUUAACAAUGAGACUGGACUGAUAUGGGCGGGGACUCACGACAGCACUUUCACGUGGCCUUGGAACUUUGCACAGUUUGAGGUGAUAAGUCUUGAGACAGUGUUGUACAUGUUGGAUUCAUGGAGGUUGGGAUCUGAUGCUAGGCGGAGUCCAAUUCACGUUACGAGAUGUUUAGCAAAUAUGGUUAAUAAUAAUGAUGGUGACAGUGGAACAUUGAUUGGUCUAUGGUCCUCCAAUGAUGAUGAUUAUGCUGACGGCACUAGCCCCACCUCCUGGAGUGGAUCUGAAGCUAUUCUAACCCAGUACAUGAGUGACAAGAAACCAGUUCGAUACGCUCAGUGUUGGGUAUUUGGAGGGACUCUUACCACAGUGUUGAGGACUAUUGGUAUUCCUUCUCGUCCAGUGACUAACUUUGAAUCAGCCCAUGAUGCUGAUUUCAACAGAGCAAUAGAUUACUACUUUGAUAGAAAUGAUAAGAUGAUAGAAGAUAAGAGCAAUGACUCUAUAUGGAACUAUCACGUGUGGGUGGAGGCCUGGAUGACGCGCCCUGAUCUUGAUGGGGACUAUGGCGGCUGGCAAGCGGUUGAUGCCACACCACAAGAACUCUCACCUCACUCCCGUACGAUGGUAGUAGGCCCCGCCUCCAUCCAGGCUAUUAAGGACGGUAAAGAUCUCAAGUAUGAUAACGAGUUUGUGAUUGCGGAGGUCAACGCUGAUAUAAAAUAUCAUGUUGAGAAAUCGGACGGUUCUUUUUCUGUCGUCUCAAGGCAUGAGACUAAAGUUGGUAAGCACAUCAGUACGAAGGCUGUCGGGAGAAACUCCAGGGAAGACGUGACAUCUCAUUAUAAGUACCCUGAGGGAAGUGCCUCUGAACGGGCGGCACUGAUGGGUGGGAGGGGCCAUGAGGAGGAGGAGAAGGGAGCUGUUAGUUUCUCGGCUAAAUUGACCUCUGGACGGAGAAUUGGAGAAGAUUUGACAUUUGGAGUUACUGCUAAAAUUGACUCACCAAUUUCAAGUAAUAUUAAUGUGACUGCUGUUUUUGAGACCACCACAUACACUGGAGUAGUCGGGAAAGAAAUCAAGAAAUCAAAAUCAAUCUUAAGGCCAAACAAUAAUGACACUGUUGAUGUUACAUUUGUUUUAAAAGCUACCGAAUAUCGGAAACACUUAGGAGAGCAGCCACUGAUAUCAGUCACAAUACUAGGAUAUGUGGAGGAUCCAGAGCAGGCCUGGGUUCAUAAGAUACCAUUGAACCUGGAGCUACCACAACUGAUCAUUAACAUUGAUGGAAAAGGUGAUGAUGUUAAAUUGAAGAGUGGUAGAACUGUGAGUGUUAAGGUGACACUGAAGAAUCCACUGAAGAAUGAAUCACUGACCAACAUGACACUACACAUUGAAGGAACUGGAUUAAUAGGAGCCCGUACUUUAAAAUCAGCUAAUGUUCCAUCUGCUGGUUCUGUCACUAAUUCCUUCAGCAUCACUCCCAGGUCUUACUCCAGGGUCAGUGAGAGGAAUUAUUUAACACUGAUAGUAACUGGAAGAUGCAAUCAGCUCAAAGGAUUAAUGGGGACUGGGUCAGUUGAAGUAAUACCAUGAGAUACAGUGGAACACAUUCAUCAAUAGCACUAGUAGUGUACCUCAUUAUUAAUACUUGUACCCUCAUUGUAUACAUGUACCUGUAGCAGUAGAGCAGACAGUUUCUGGUAAUUUUAUAUUAUUAUUUUAUAGUCUUGUCCUUUUAUUAAUUUUUUCUAUUUUUUAUCAUUUUUUUCUAUUAU